ACCUCAUACUCCUGUUCCUCACAAUAACAUCAUCAUCAUCACCUUCAGACAUACUAUGUAACUCUUCAUCUUCCCAAGUAGCCUCCAUUUCAUGGUCACCAUCAAAAGCAUCAUCAUAUUGAGGAAGCACAUUUUCUGCCCCACCACCAUGUACUUCAUAGGUACCUUCUUCCAUUUGCCUUAUCUGCUCAUUUAACAAAGCUUCAGCAACACCAACUGGUAUGCCUUCAAAUCCGUCAUCAUUAACCUUUGCAGCUCUUUCCUCUUCACUAUCACUGAAAUGUACAGAAGCUGUGGAAUCCUCAGUGUCACUUGAUGGAUUGAAAGAAUCAUCAUCUUCAUAUACAUCAUCAAAUGUAGGAUGUUUUCCAUUCUUCUUUCCAGUAACAACCACAUGCACAUUGCCAACAGUUGGAUCAUUGGCAGCAACUCCAUCAGCAAUGGGAUCAUUGGCAGCAACUUCAUUUACAUCUCCAUUUGCAAUGGCAUCAUUGUCACCACUAGCAUCUACAUUUGCAGCAGCAUCUACAUUACCAUUAUCAACAACGGUCUCCCUUUCAUCAUCACUAUCUAGAAGCAACAAUACAGGCCUCUUUGUUGGAGAAAAUUUUUCAACACAAAAAUUAUCAAGACCAGGUAACUUCAGUGGUGCAUCCACUUGCUUCUUGGAUGGAGGUUUAAAUGGCUGGUUUUUCUUCUUUGGAGGCUCCACAGCCACUUGCUUCCCCUUGUUCUUUGGUUCUUUUGCUUCUCCUUUCUUCUUUGUAGCCUCCACAGCCACUUGCUUCCCUCUCUUCUUUGAACCAUCCAACUGCUUGUCCUUAUUCUUUGGAUCACCUGAUUGAACUUUCUUGGCUUUCUUCUUUGAACCAUCAAGUACCCUGAGGAGAUCAAUUGGAGUAGUUGGCAGUUCAUCAGGAGCAUGC